AUGUUUCAGAUUGGACAUGCAAACGAACAUUUUUUAAGUGCAUUGCAGGACUUUGAAACUGCUGCACUCGAUGACAGGCGAAGAGUUUGGUCGCCGGGCACAGAAGUUUUGGCAAGUGCAGACAUUGAGUAUGUUGAGUCAAACUUGGAAGAACAAGAGGUGAUUGUUUUGCGCAAAGGGCAUUUAGGCCAUGUGGUGGGUUUGCACAUUGAUUGCACUUUGCUGGUGCUCUGGAAUGAGUUGGAAACUCCCAAACCUGCCAGAUAUGAUCAAGUUCAAGCCAAAAAACAGGGGGCAGAUGCAUGGGGUUCACAUUCUGUCUGUGGGCUAUGGUCCAACGCGCUCGGACAUUUGUGGAUUUGUCCCGAUCCUUCGAAUCCAAACCAGUGUUUCUAUGAAGAGGCUCCUCAAGAUGGUGGGUUUUUGCAUGGGAUUCUCAGGCCAACAAGCUACUUUUGCACCCAGGGCCUUGAAACAGUUUGGUGGUUUGGUGAUGUUUUCGCUGAAUCCGGAGAGCAUGGAACGGAUGAAGGAAAUCCGAAUGCAGUGCUUUGUGACAGUGAGUCGAAUUUGUGCUUUGCCUCCCACCCGCGUUUUUUGGUUUCACCAGAGUUGGCGCCGGAAGAAGACCGGUGGAGGCAAAGCCAUGAGGCCCAGGAUUCCAACGGGCCGAUUGGCCAGAUUCGUGUGCGACUUUCGGUGAAUUUGUCACUCAAAGUCCAAAUCUGCGCAGGUGGUGAUUGGGAUGAGAUUCGUGAUUUUCAUCGGCAACUUCCCAAGAUUGGGUGUCCGCUCCAAAUCCUGAGACUUGAUGGACUUGAUGGUUCGGAUUGCAUUGAUGCCUGGGGUACGAAGCCCGAGAACGGCGAGAAGGCGAAGGCUUCGUUCAGUCGAGAACGCGGCUUUUCGUUGCAGAAGACACUGGAGAUUCACAACAAAGGGGAGAUCUGGUACGCAGCCACCAUGGCUGGUGCGCCAAUGCCCAAGCUGACCCUUGAAGCUUCUGAAUGGAAAAUUCAGGAUUGUGCCCGCCCAAGUGUGGAGCUCACGCUGGAUGGUUUGCACAUGAACUCCAAGUACGAUUUGCACGUGGCACUAAUGAGUCGCAGCAUCCUUGAAUAUCGAGGUGUGAGUGUUGAAGUCAUCACAUGUGGCCAGAUCAGGACAUUCCCGGCGAUUCCAACGCUUUCCAACGUGUGGUAUUUCGUGAGCAAUGAUGGCGUGGCAGAGCCGUAUUGUGAACAGGAUCAGAUCACCUUGGAAAGCGAAUGGCGCAACAUGCAGUGCAGCGAGUCCCCAGAAUUCUUGGGAACAGCCCAAUUGAAACAGCAGUAUACAGUGGACCUCCGAAAGAUGACACAGACGUCCAAGAGGCUGACUGAGAGACAGGUGAUGCGCCGGCCUGUGAGCCUUGCUUCUGAUGCUCCUUUGGUGGAUGUUUGUUUGUGGCAACUGGUUAAAGAAUAUGGUGAACUGGUGGCAGCCCGGAGCAAGCUUCCUGGAAUUGAUGCCAGCCUCCUGAAUCUGGACAACACUGAGACCAUUGCCAAACUCCUGUUCCAUGGUGAGACGAAGGUCCUGCUUCGAGCAGAAUUUAUGGAGAUCGCAGAUGAAAUGGCAAAGUUUGAUGAGACCCAGCGCUUCUUGCGAGCCUUCGAAGAUCGUUCGUCCAACGGUUCCAACGGUUGUCUCUUGACUGAAGCCGUGCCAGACUUAAAGUCCUUGCCGCCAAUCAUCAGAUUGACAGAGAAUCUGGGCAAGCUGCCCUUUUUGGACCUUCAACCACAUUGCCACUCUUUGGUGGUGCGACAUCAGCUGCUCCAUUGCUGUUUGGUGGUGCGACAUCAGCUGCUCCAUCGCUGUUUGGUGGUGCGACAUCAGGAGCUCCAUCGCUGUUUGUUGGUGCCCUUCCACCAUCGCUGUUUGGUGGUGCGACAUCAGCUGCUCCAUCGCUGUUUGGCGGUGCAGGAUCAGGAGCUCCAUCGCUGUUUGGUGGUGCGACAUCAGGAGCUCCAUCGCCGUUUGUUGGAGCUCCAUCGCUGUUUGGUGGUGCGACAUCAGGAGCUCCAUCGCCGUUUGUUGGUGCCCUUCCACCUCCAUCGCUGUUUGGUCGUGCGACAUCAGGAGCUCCAUCGCUGUUUGGUGGUGCGACAUCAGGAGCUCCAUCGCUGUUUGGUGACCUUUUUCGACCGCAAUCGAGGUCUUUCCGAUGUGAAACAGGGGACAAGCGACGGCGAAGAUCGCGCAUCUCUCCUGUGUAAGAAGUUGGCCGCGUGCCAAGCGCAGCUGCGAAACUUGAGGCUUGAAGAAGUGGACGGGCUUAGUCUUUCCACUGCAACCGAGAAAGCCAAGACCUCUGCGGUCGAAUCCUUGCAGAUGAUUUCUCGAGCACUGGAGGCCACAUCCGUGUCACUUCCACCAGAAACUUCUCCGAAUGCUAUGCUUCACUUUGCCAAAACCAUCGCGCAGGAGGAAGACUUCCAACAAAAGGCUUCAGCAAGGCGCCAGGACUUUUGCGACGCUGUGACGGACUGCUGCACUUCCGCCACAGCCUUGUUGCGGCAGAUGAUUGGCGCAGCUCAGGCAGAUUUGGGGACCUUGGCUGAGCAUCUUCGUCUGGCGGAAAAACAUGAGAAACUUCUAUCAGAUCCUCCAGAUCAGCGAGAGCUACUCAGGCUGGAAGAUGAAUGCAUCAACGCCCGAGAUUUGCAUGCGGACAAUCUUGAGAAGGAAAGGCGCUUGGAAAGGGAAUACAGGACGGAACAGCGCCGUGGUAACGAUGCGGAGGCAACACAAGCUGCAUCUGCCGCAGUGCAGGAAGCCCAAACUGCAGUAGCUGCUAGCAGGAGAGUGGUCCAGCAAGCAGAACAAACUUUCCAUCGAAGACUCAUCGACUUCGUGCGGAUCAAACAAGCAGCCUGGGGCCUUCCAGAGUUGAGCGUCAACGUGGACGAUGAGCACCUAGAUGCUGUAGAUGUCUUGACUCCAGGGAGACGCUGUGCUGACUAUGAGCAGCUGAUGCCAGUUGCAGGGAGUCAAAAUACUAUCUUCACAGCCAUCUACAACGAUACGCCUUGCGUGCUGAAGGAACUUCGCUCCAUGACUCAAUCUGGAGCCUUGAGGAGAGAGGUCCUACAUCGGAAGAAGCUGAAACAUCCCUUGAUCGUUCCAGUCUUGGCAGCUUUCGAGGAGGAGGACAAAGGUAGAUCCAUUGCGUAUGUUCACAUGCCGCGAUAUUCGUGCAAUUUGGAGGAGUGGUGUACUUCUGAACAGUGCACUCUGCCAAAGAUGCGGCAAGUCCUGCGAGACUUGGUGCUGGUUGUGGCAUACGUCCACAGUCAGAAUGUGAUGCAUGGUGAUUUGAAGCCUUCAAACUUUCUCAUGGAUUCUGAAGAUCGGCCAUGUUUGACAGAUUUCGAAACCAGCCAGUGUUUGGACGCACAGUCACUGAACUCACGCAGAACAACUAUGGUGGUGGGAGCCACACAGGGUUUCAUGCCUCCAGAGUUUCCACAUCUGACGCCUGCAUCAGACAUCUACUCCUUGGGUUGCAUCUGUGACCAUUUGCUGAGCGGGCAGAAGUGGCCACAAAAUGGUGAGCAACAUAAGGCAAUUGCCAAGCUGGUGAAAAAGAUGCAAAGUCACCGCAAGGAGGAUCGGCCCACUGCCGUUGAGGUUCUAGAGCAGAUGACCGCUGCCAUGAAGGCCGAGAUGUCAGAGUCAGUGCCGGUCUACUGGAGAAAUGCCGGAGCCACCGGAGCCGCCGGAGCCAGCGGAAGCCACCUGGCGGACCUGACCUGUGAGGUCGGUAGGGAGGAGACGGCCGAGUGGCAGAAUGGACGAACGACCUUCCGUCAGCUGCAGGCGGCACUCAUGGAAACCGUACAUGAGAAAUGUUUGACAGAGUUCUUCGGACAGUCCUCACCCAGAAUCUCCUUUGUCAAGCGACUUGAGAAUCCACAGCUGUGGAAGCGCUAUUGCCUUGCCAAAGAGCAAGUGCAUGGGGCCAUGUUUGCGCCCAUCAGUCCUCCUGUCCGUCCGAGCUGUCCGGUAAUCGACUGGACCAGAAACGAGUACUGGCUGUGGCAUGGGACGCGAUAUAGCAACAUCGAUUCGAUAUUGAAAGAAGGCUUGGAUGAACAUUUGAGUCGCCUCGAAGGUUUGUAUGGUGCAGGGAUCUAUUUUUCCGACGAGGCCUGCAAGGCCUUGCAAUACUCCGAUUCGGGGGCGCAGUACUUGUUGUUCUGCCGAGUGGUCUUGGGAAGGCCGUACUACAGCAAAAACACCUUGCCAUCCAUGAGGAGUUUGAAAGAGCUGAAGAACCGGCAAGGCUUGCUGGAGACGCCAGAUGUAGAUGGACACCAUUCCGUGAUUGUCAACCCUGGUCCUGUGCAAAAUCAUCCCAGUCCAAGUGGGAAGCAGGUCCACCGUGAGUUUGUUGUAUUUGAUGGUGCUGCAGUUUACCCUGAGUAUGUGGUGGGGAUCAACCAAUGA